UCAGCAGUCGCGGCUCCGAAUUCGAACAUCAACCAACUGAAAGGAAGCUGUGAUGAAAUGGAUUGUUUUGCUGCAUAUUUUUCUUCUUUUCUAUCUUAAAAACAUUUAAAGUAAAAUUCCCUGGUUAUACAGUUUCUGACCUGCUAAGCCAUGGACAGAGAGCGGCCUCAGAAGAAAUCCUUCCAGCAGACUCUGGAAGACAUCAAGGAACGGAUGAAGGAGAAGAGGGUUAAACGAGUAGCCAGUGCUGCAAAUCCGAGCAUGAAACGAUCAAGGAUGAUAAACAAGAACAGCGGGCCCAGUUCUACACACACCAUCCUGAAAGGUGUGCAGCAGAACAACCAGCUGCUAGCUGUAGCUCUUCAAGCUGAAAAGGAGAAAGUGAGGCAGGCCCAUGCRGUGAUCCUGCAGCUGAAGGGGGAACAGCAAGCCCUGUUCCUUCACCUGCUUCUCCUGAAGAGGAAGCUGAAAGAGCAGGAAGCUCUGGCAGCCAGUACUUCAGAGGCCAAACCUGCAGACAUCCUUGUGGAAACUCAGAAGCAUCUGGAUUCAGCAAGAAGGAGCAGCCAGAAACUCCAUGAGCACAUUCUGAGUGAAGCUUCUCAGAGUUGUGCAGAUCCUUCGCCCCCAAAAACGAAUGAAGAGUUUUGUGGCAUAGAGAUUACCUUACCGUCUACUGUUGGUGUGAGGCGUCGAAACACAGACAGAAGAAGCAGGAGGAGAUCUGAGUGGCUCCGACAGCCAGCCUUGCUGAGUGAGGGAGACCCAGUUGCAGGACUUGGGGCUAUAAUACCAAGUCCUAUUCACAGUGACAGUAAAGACCUGACUGAAAACCAACAAGGAGCAGAAGCAGCAGAUCUCAGCGACACUGAGGAAAUCCAUCACUCCACUCCUGAGCCUGCCCCUACCAAAAAGUCCAAACAACCAAACAGGAAACAAACCCAGCAGCAGCCUCGCUCCAAAACAGAACCAGCUUCACAGAAACCUGAGAGAGGCCGCAAACCAGAGCGCGCCCCGUUAAAGAAACCAUGGGAGAACCCCAAACCCAGAGCCCGCUCGAAGACUCGGGAACGUGCAGCCACACGGGCCAAAACAGCACCUCCAGCACAGAGUAACAAGCUAAACACAUCACUUGGAAUGAAUGACACCUUUGACUUUGACUGUGAAGAGGCUGUCCACAUYACGCCAUUUAAGGCUAAAACAGAGGACUGUCCGCCGGCCACACCCAAAAAUGAGGAGGCACAAAUUAAAGCUGCACCGGCUGUUUCAGAACAAAGUGACACCAGCUCAUCUCCAUCUUCAGAGUCAGAGGACAGCCUUUAUGUCCCGCAGAAAUCAAGAUGGAGGCAGAUUUCUCCUGACGGGACCAAAGGGAUCACCACUCGCAAACGCUGGUCCUCGAACGUUGUCAAAAGGAAAGAAAAAAAAAGUGAGGAGUUUUCUGUUUUCACAGGUGAAGAGUCCGUUUUCAAAGUGGCCAAGCCUGAAAAGUGUGAAACUAAACUUCAUCACUUGCCUGAUUCUGCCCUCGCUAACGUCUCUGAGAGGUUGGAACAAGAAAACAGCCACGAACCUCACAGAGAGAAGAUGGAGGAGUGUUUGCUUCCUGUCAGUCCUCUGGUUGAUGCUGAGAUGAUGAGAAUAAGCAACGUCCUGUCCAAUUUUAGAAAAGACUCAUGUGAAGCGUCUUCACUUGUACCCCACCAAACGCCAUGGAGACUCAAAACAGUCCAGAAACGUGUGGGUGGUGUCAAGACAGAAGGGCGGGGCUUAGGUCUGUGUGAUGUGACCAAUAUGCAACCUACACCCUUUCGUAACUUCUCUGGCGGCUCACGUCCCUCAGAUGUUCGAUGCUCCACCCCCGUCCCUGUUCGCAAGCGGCGCUGCACCAUGACGGUCGACUAUAAGGAACCUUCAUUAAAYGCAAAACUUCGCCGUGGCGACAAAUUCACAGACACACAGUUCCUCAACUCUCCUGUUUUCAAGCAGAAGUCUGGGAGGAAGUCUGUGCAGAAGAACAAGGUGUCUGUGAGCAGCCGGCAGUCAUUAGAGAAGUACAAUGAGUCUUUUGUUGGAUGUCGCUGAAAACUGCUUUUUGGUGAUUUGUUGGUUAAGAAGUGCUUUUGUUUACCUCUCAGUGGUUUCUUUGAGCAACUGAGAUUGGUUGUAGAUUCUUUGUUGUAGUUGCUAUUGUUACUUUUUUCUUUAAAUUGUGUUUGAUUAAAUGUAGUGACAAAUGUUUCCUAAAGAUGAUCAUUUUUUUUAAUUUUUUUUAGGUUUCUUUUAUAAGGGAAAGCUGAAUAUUCACAUGUUGUUUGAUCUCCCUUUUUAACUUGUUCGUGAUAAUAAACAUUCUCCCAAACAUAAUAAA